AUGGAUCCCAAUACUUCAGCCUUCCACGCCCAGGCGAACGCCGCGGCCCGCCAAAACAACGCCGCUCAUGCUGCCCCUGGGGGAGUUAAUGGAGCAGAUGCCAAUUCUAUGAUGAGCCACUUUGCUGGCCUCUCUCUUCAUGGCAUGAACAUGACCCAGCCAGGUCCUAUUGCUGUCGGACCAACCCCUUGGAUUGGGGCCCCCUCUGGGUUUGUUGGAAUGCCUCAAACCAUGUAUGACCACUUUGCCAUGGGCCAUGCCCAGAUGAGCGAAGUUCCCUAUGCUGCUCAGAUCCCAGCUCAUGGUUCUGGUGGACCUCUCUAUGGACUCCACGUCCCACUUAACACUUCCAUGAUGCCCUACACCCCAGGACGUCCUACUGGUCCUCACCCUCGCGCCGAUCGUGGCCACUCUGAUGUUCCAGGUCUUGAGAACCGUCGCGGUUCUUACUCAACCAAUGAGUCUACUCCUACAACUCCAUUCUGGGGUGGUGUCGCCAGUCGUGAAGGUGGCGGUCCCCGGGUCGCCAGCGGUGACCGAUCUACUUACACAACUCCAUCUCCUCAGCAGCUUGGAAUGUCUGCUCUUCAUGUUGAAACAUCGAAGCCUGCUGUCGUCUCAGAGGCGAUCUUGGAAGAGCUUUCGAACCGCAAGCCCGCCAUCCCCAAGGCGGUGCCUGCCGUUUUCACCCCACCUGGUCAGAUGAAGAGCCUCGAGCAGAGUCUUGAGAACCGUAUUCCUGGCAACCGCAAUGUUUACAUUCGCGGUCUUCAUCCUACCACAGAUGACGAACUGCUCUUCCUUUUUGCCAACCGUUUCGGUGCAGUCGAGACUUCCAAGGCUAUCAUCGAUACAGGAACUGGUGCUUGCAAGGGCUUCGGAUUUGCCAAGUUUGUCGAUGCCCAGAGCUCCGAAAUGUGCAUCCGAGGAUUUCAUCGCCUUGGCUAUGAAGUCGGCUUUGCUCGUGAAUCCUUCAACUCCCGGCUCAAGGCCCAGGGAGACGAUGGUUCCACCAACUUGUACAUUUCCAAUCUGCCCAAGACCCUGAACGAAGUGGAGCUUGGAACUAUCUUCCUUGGCUACAACAUUCUCUCUAGCAAGAUUCUUCGUGACAGCAUGGGCAACAGUCGCGGCGUCGGGUUUGCUCGAUUUGAGGGCCGUACUGUUUGCGAUGAAAUCAUCCGCAAGUUCAAUGGCGUUAGCAUCGGACACGAGGGCAUGUUGAUGAACAUUCGUUACGCCGAUACUCCUGCUCAGAAAGAGCUCAAGCGUGUGACUGCCGAGCGCCGCCAGUUCCGCACCAACGAGUACAACAUUGGCGCCUAUGGUACUCCCCUUGUUGGUCUGAGCCCAAACAUGUACACCCAGACCCAGUGGCGACGCAACGGUGCUCCUCCCUCUGGAAGUGAGGGAUCAUCUAGCGCUCGAGCUGGUGGCCAGAGUGCCGUUGGACAUAAGGGAUCUCAGCGUGAUGACUCCCAGGCGGCCACAAGCGAUACAACGGAUUCCGCAGUCUCUUCUCCGAAUUCUUCCGAGUGUGACGAGGGCGUGACUAUUCAUGCGGAUCCAGCUGUCGAGGCCGUUGACACUUUGAGCGGUGUUUCUUCUCCAUCUGCAUACCAGGAGGUGAAGAAGAAGGAAAUUGUUAACAAGGAGGUCAUCAAGAAUGAAGUCUGA